AUGGGAAGCACACCACCACUCACAAUAACCGACCAAGACCCGGCGAUGAAGGUUGCAAUUGCACAAGAAUUCCCAGAAACUCGCCAUCGUUACUGUAUGUGGCAUAUAAUGGCAAAGGUUAGCGAUAAAGUGAGUCCUGAAUUAGCCAAAAAUGAAGCAUUCCGACGAGAGCUGAAUGAUGUUGUUUGGAAUGACAGCUUGACUACCACCAAAUUUGAGGUUGCAUGGAAAGGAGUUAUAGAAAAAUUUGGCCUAAUUGAAAAUCCAUGGCUAAACCGCAUGUACGACGAGCGCGCUUCGUGGAUCCCUACAUGUUUUGAAGGUGUUUUUAUGGGCAGGCUAUUGCAUACAACUUCACGCUCUAAAGCAGAGAACCGGAUUUUCAGAAGCAACACUAGCAAACAUAUUUGUGUUUCGGAAUUUUUUAACAGGAUAGAGAGUACAAUCAGAAAGCAACGCCUAACACAAACCGAGCUAAACGGUGCCAGCAUUGCACAAACACCCCCCUACAAAACCCAAUUGCGCAUUGAGCGAGCGGCAGCUUCACUAUAUACAUUAACUGUGUUUUAUGAUGUGCAGAAGGAGAUAUGUGCCAAAUGUUUUGAUUGCCGGGUCCGUGGUGUCACACACGGUGAGUCCGGGAACACAUAUGAGGUCGAGGAUGAGCACGAUGUACGAUACACGGUGUUCGUUGAACAUGGGACAAAGACGACAACCUUGUAUAGGUGUAUAGCCAUGGCGCAAGGAGAUUCCACGAAGCUAGAACAAAUAAGCAAUGCGCUAAAGGAGAUUGAGACCACAUGGUGCAUCGACGGCGAAGACGACGUGGCUAUAGAGAAAGGGAAACGAUCGAUCAAAGAGACAUUUUGUGGUGCCCCACACCUGAAACAAUCACCGUGCAUCCUCCCGCAGUAUCAAGUACCAAAGGGUCGGGAAAGCGAAUGA